AUGGCGGGUCCAAAGAAACAGGUCUUUGUGGGGACUUUCAUAUCCAGCAAGAACCCUAAAGAGCUCAACUACAAUCAUGAUAGACUCGUAUGCGUCGACGAAGAAGGCAAGAUUGUCAAGGUUGACACAGAAGGCGGUAGUACAGAUCAGAUCGAGGAGAGACUUAUUAAACUACUCAAUUGGAAGCUCAGCGAAGUUGAUGUUCAUAGCGCUAAGCCUGGAGAGUUCUUCUUCCCUGGAUUCGUCGACUCACAUGUUCAUGCCUCGCAAUACCCAAAUGUGGGCAUAUUCGGAAAGACAACACUUCUGGACUGGUUAGAAAAGUACACAUUUCCCCUUGAGUCCAGCCUCAAGGAUCUGGCCAAGGCACGGCGGGUAUAUGGCUCAUGCGUGCGGCGCACGUUAUCCCAUGGGACGACAACAGCGGCUUACUAUGCCACCAUCGACGUGGCGGCGACAAAUCUCCUUGCCGAUCUGUGCCUGGAACUUGGACAGCGAGCUCUUGUUGGACGUGUGUGCAUGGAUAACCCUGAUUUCUGCCCCAGCUACUACCGCGACGAGAGCGUCGAGGAGGGUCUCGAGAAGACGAGACAGACGAUUCAGCACGUGCAGAAGAUCGACCCGGAUUUCAAACUCGUGUCGCCUGUGUUGACGCCGCGCUUUGCACCAACUUGCUCAAGGGAGUCGAUGAAGGGCCUGGCAGAGAUCCAAAAGGAGCUGGAUCUUCCCGUGCAGACACACGUUUCCGAGAACGAGGGCGAGUGUGAGCUGGUUUCGAAGCUGUUCCCCGAGUCAGAGUCGUAUACGCAACUAUACGAUGACUGCGGUCUUUUAACGUCCCGCACGAUCCUGGCGCAUGCAAUUCACUUGAGCGAAGCAGAGGCGAAGCUGAUAGCGCAGCGAGGAAGCAAAAUCUCACAUUGUCCGUGCAGCAACAGCUCUCUCACAAGCGGUUCGGCACGCGUGCGCUGGCUCUGGGAUAAGGGCAUCACCGUUGGUCUCGGGACGGACAUGAGCGGCGGCUACAGCCCCUCGAUCCUCGAAGCAGCACGCCAAGCAGCGCUGGUGAGCCGUCACAUCGCCAUGGGCCAGCAGGAGGAAAAGGAGCGGAGCAAGUUGACCGUAGAAGAGGUGCUAUAUCUCGCGACGCGCGGCGGAGCAGACGUCGUCGGGCUGGGCGACAGAAUCGGCGGUUUCGAGGAGGGCAUGGAAUGGGAUGCGCAGCUUAUCCGCCUAGGAGGCGUUGACGAUGAGGGAGUCGCUGAGGGAGAUGGCAAUGUUGAUGUCUUUGGGUGGGAGACUUGGGAGGAGAAGAUUGCCAAGUGGUUGUUCAAUGGCGAUGAUAGGAAUGUGAAGAGCGUUUGGGUGAGAGGGAGGAUGGUGCAUGCGAGGAAGUAG